UUAUCAAUAUCAAAAAAAAAAAGAAGAAAAUAAAACAAAAUAAUUGUUUUCGGGCCAUUAUGAAGAUAAAACUCAUUGAUUCCGUUGUGCGGAGUUUCAAGGUGGCGAAAAUAUUUCGCGAGAACACCGACAAAAUCAACGCAAUAGAUUUUGCACCAAACGGCGAGCAUUUGAUUUCCUGCAGCGAGGACGACCAAAUUGUUAUCUACGACUGCGAGAAGGGAACACAGUCGCGGACGGUGAACUCCAAGAAGUACGGCGUGGAUUUGAUUCACUUUACGCAUGCCAACAACACGGCCAUACACAGCUCCACCAAAGUGGACGACACCAUCAGAUAUCUGAGUCUGCACGACAACAAGUAUCUGCGCUACUUUCCCGGCCACACCAAGAAGGUCAUCUCGCUGUGCAUUUCGCCGGUGGAGGACACCUUCCUCUCCGGCUCACUUGACAAGACACUGCGCCUGUGGGAUCUGCGCUCGCCAAAUUGCCAGGGUCUGAUGCACCUUUCGGGUCGCCCCAUUGCCGCCUACGAUCCAGAGGGUCUGAUCUUUGCAGCCGGCGUCAAUUCGGAGAGCAUAAAACUAUACGACCUGCGGUCCUUCGACAAGGGUCCCUUUGUCACAUUCAAACUGAACCAGGAGAAGGAAUGCGACUGGACCGGCCUGAAGUUCUCGCGUGAUGGCAAAACCAUUUUGAUCAGCACAAAUGGUUCGGUUAUACGUCUGGUGGACGCCUUCCAUGGUACACCACUGCAAACAUUCACCGGCUAUCCGAACAACAAGGGACUGGCCAUCGAGGCCAGCUUCAGUCCGGACUCGCAGUUCAUAUUUUCGGGCAGCACAGACGGCCGUGUACAUAUCUGGAAUGCCGACACGGGCAACAAAAUAUCUGUGCUAAACGGCGACCAUCCCGGCCCCGUGCAGUGCAUCCAGUUCAACCCCAAAUACAUGAUGUUGGCCUCUGCGUGCACAAACAUGGCCUUUUGGCUGCCCACAUCGGAGGAGGGCCCGUAAAUAAAUGCAGUCCCUCAUUUGUCGUACAUUAUAGAAUAAGGAUUUACUUUAGCAAUA